AUGACGCUGGCGAAUCCGUGGCAGUGCCAUGUGUUGGGCAUCGCUGAGGCGCUGGGUCGACUUGUUGUUACGUGUACCAACGCAGUGCAAGUUGCACAUUUGUCGGUGUCCAAUCGAGAGACAUGCGGUGUGGGUGCUGGUCGUGUGGUGAUGGCAAAGUAUAUCCGUAUCGUGGUCAGAAUGCGGGUGAUGCAGCGCACAGGGCGGCCGGCAUGGCGUCAGCGCAAAGACCACCCGUUGAUUUGCGUUGGCGUCGGUAGGGCAUAUCGCCGGCGAUGUCAGAAGGCGAUCGUAAUCACGAGCCAGGUUGUUGCUGCUGCUGCCCUGUUACCUCCGUGGCGUCCGCAGCUAGCCGACCCGGCAAGACUUUCCCGCCAAGGCCAGCAAGGUGAAUCAGUCACACGAAGAAAUAUAUGUCUUCAGGCGCAAAAUAGGACCCGACGAGAGUCGGAGGUAGCUGGCGACAGGGGGCUGUGGUGUGAUGGAGGCUUCCGGAGGCGACUGAUGAUUGGAUGUAACCGUCCAUUCCGCAAGGGACUGCAAGGCCGCUGA